AUGAGUUUUGUUACCAAAAUCAAGAACUAAGCACAAGAAAAAUACAAUCAAAUUAUGAAAAAGAAGACUGAAUAAUAUCAAGAAAUGGUAUUGAACUAUCAAUAUCGAUAAGAAUGAAGAAAAUAAAGAACAGGAAAUUAAAUAACAAGAAAAUAAAAGUGAUAAUGCAAAUGUUAUUGAUGAUUAACCAAAAAACGAUGAUUCUGCUCCUAACAAACCUGAAGAUAAACCUAAAUAAGGAACUAUAUCGUAUAUUAAGUCAAAUCUAACUGCUGCAGGUGAUUAUUUAACUAAUAAGGUUAAUGAAGCUUAAAAGACUGUUACAGUAAUCAAUUAUAUUUAAUAUAAAUAAGCUUCAAUUAUAAAAAGUAGAUUCAAGUGUUAAAUAGACUAUUUUGAAAUAAAAAUAAAGUUUCAACAAAUGGAUUGCCCUUAAAAUAGAUUAAAGAAUAUCAAGAUCUCUUAAAUAAAUGGAAACUAAAAUCUCACUUAGUGUUUAAAAAGCUGUUCCUAGUUAAUGUUGUUUUGAGUUUGUUAAUGAUGCAGUUUUAAGUUUGUGGACAGAUGCAAGUAAUCUAAUACGUUUUGAAUUAAGAGUAAGUAUAGAUGAACCUACUAUUACUUUAUCUAAAAGACCAGAUAAAAUUAAAUGGUUAAAACCUUGGUAUUUAUUAAGGAAUUGGAUAUUAUAUUCUUUAUAUCCAUUUGAUGUUGAACCUGGAAAAUAAUUAAGAUCUCCUUCUUUUUUAUUUAUUAAACUAUUAUAAGUAAUUCCUUAUUAUGGAAUUCAAGUUUUCACAUUUCUUAUUAUAUUUUUGGCAAUUGACAAAUCAGAAGAAUAUUAAGUAGUCAAUUAUAUUUUGGAUUAUAAAAACAUUUAAUUUUUUACUGCUGGAAUAUUAAAUGCUUUGAUUGGAUUUUUUACUUACUUUUAUUGUGCAACACUUAGACCAGCUCAUGAUUAUAUAAAUGAAAAAGAUUAAGGACUUAAAUUGAAUUAUUGUUUUUAUCAUGGUCCUGGUGCUGAUAAUCAUUUAAUUUUAUCAUAAAUAAGUUAUUUUACAUAAGUAAUUUUGAUUUGGUGUGCAUUUGCAGUUUUACAUAAAACAAAAUCUAGAGCUGAUUUCAUAAAUAAUGAAAUAAAAAGAUAAGAAUCUAAAAAGAGAGGUGGAAGAUUAACAGGAUUUAUGAUAUAUGAUCUAAUCUGUUUUUUGGGAACAUGUUCAUUAACUGGAUAUAUCUAUUAUAAUUAUUAUUAUAAUAAAGAUGAUACAUUCUAUAUGUUACCUUAUGUUGGUAAUUUGAUUUAUUUUUCACAUUUGAUGUAUGGAUUUUUGAGUUUGCCUUUUGUAAUAUUUGUUGUUCCAUUUUUUGUAAGAAUGUUUACUAGUGCUAUACCUACAGCUUAUGAUUAAUAUGGGAAUGUUGUACCAUGUAUUAAUCAAAUGAAAUUGAAUUAUGAAGAAUUACCUUUAGAAUAAUAAGAUGAAAUAGAUAUUGAGGAAGCAUUGUAGAAUUAAUGA